CUAACCAACGACGCCUGCGGUCCUCGAGGCGCUGCCACUCCGGCGCCUGCUGCCCGGGCAGCGGGACUGUGGCGCUACGCCCGGCGACCACCGGCGAGUUCCAGACACUGGUGGGUCCGUGCAUCUGUCUGGAGAGAACUUCCAGAUCCGCGGCCCCGCGAUGGUUCUGGCCCCACUGCUGCUGGGGCUGCUGCUGCUACCCGCGCUCUGGAGAGGAGCCGCUACAGUAACAGGGGAAGAAAGCAAGCCAGACCAACUCUUCUCAGAGCCUUUACCAGGGAGCCUGCCAGCCGACCACAGGCCAGUCUCCUCUCCUCAGUCCAGUGGCCACGAACUGUCACCAUCCCAGGCUGGAAGAUCACAGCUGGCACACACAGCCGUUCCCCGGGCGACUUCUGCAGCAUCAAAGCACCUGCCUCCUGUUGCAUUUAAUCACACGAUUGGACACAUAAUACUUUCGGAGCAUAAAAAUGUCAAAUUUAAUUGUUCGAUCAAUAUUCCUAACACGUACCAAGAAACGGCUGGCAUUUCGUGGUGGAAAGAUGGAAAGGAAUUGCUUGGGGCUCAUCAUUCAAUCACACAGUUUUAUCCUGAUGAGGAAGGUGUAUCAAUAAUUGCACUGUUCAGCAUAACCAGUGUGCAGCGCUCAGACAACGGCUCCUAUAUCUGUAAGAUGAAGGUGAACGACAGAGAGAUCGUAUCCGACCCCAUAUACGUCGAAGUUCAAGGACUUCCUUACUUUAUCAAGCAGCCAGAGAGUAUGAAUGUCACCAGAAACACAGCCUUCAACCUCACCUGCCAGGCCGUGGGCCCGCCUGAGCCCGUCAACAUCUUCUGGGUUCAAAACAGCAGCCGUGUUAAUGAAAAACCGGAAAGGUCUCCGUCUGUCCUAACGGUACCUGGUCUGACAGAGACGGCAGUCUUCAGCUGUGAGGCCCACAAUGACAAAGGGCUGACGGUGUCCAAGGGUGUGCAGAUCAACAUCAAAGCAAUCCCCUCCCCACCCACUGAAGUCCACAUCCUCAGCAGUACAGCACAUGGCAUCCUGGUCUCCUGGGUCCCAGGUUUUGAUGGCUACUCCCCAUUCCAGAACUGCAGCGUUCAGGUCAAGGAAGCUGAUUUGCUGAGUAACGGCCCAGUCAUGAUCUUUAAUACCUCUGCCUCGCCACAUCUGUAUGAAAUCCAGCAGCUGCAAGCCCUGGCUAAUUACAGCAUCGGUGUGUCCUGUCGGAACGAAAUUGGCUGGUCUGCGGUAAGCCCUUGGAUUCUGGCCAGCACAACAGAAGGAGCUCCAUCGGUAGCACCUUUAAAUGUCACCGUGUUUCUGAACGAAUCUACCAACAAUGUGGAUAUCAAAUGGAUGAAGCCUCCGAUUAAGCGGCAGGAUGGGGAACUGGUGGGCUACCGGAUCUCUCACACGUGGGAGAGCGCGGGGACUUCCAAAGAGCUUUCUGAAGAAGUCGGCCAGAAUGGCAGCUGGGCUCAGAUUCCCAUCCAAAUCCACAAUGCCACCUGCACAGUGAGGAUCGCAGCCAUCACUAAAGGGGGCAUUGGCCCUUUCAGUGAACCAGUGAAAAUAAUCAUUCCUGAACACAGCAGGGUAGAUUACGCGCCCUCAUCAACUCCAGCACCUGGCAACACCGAGUCCAUGCUCAUCAUCCUCGGCUGCUUUUGUGGGUUUAUUUUAAUUGGGUUGAUUUUAUAUAUUUCUCUGGCUAUCAGAAGAAGAAUCCAGGAAACAAAGUUUGGGGGUGCAUUCUCUGAGGAGGAUUCCCAGUUAGUCAUAAAUUACAGAGCAAAGAAGUCCUUCUGUCGGCGGGCCAUCGAGCUGACCUUGCACAGCUUGGGAGUGAGCGAGGAGCUGCAGAAUAAGCUAGAAGAUGUUGUGAUUGACAGAAACCUUCUAAUUCUUGGAAAAAUUCUGGGUGAAGGAGAGUUUGGGUCUGUAAUGGAGGGAAGCCUGAAGCAGGAAGAUGGGACUUCUCAGAAGGUGGCCGUGAAGACCAUGAAGUUGGACAACUUUUCUCAACGGGAGAUCGAGGAGUUUCUCAGUGAAGCAGCUUGCAUGAAAGACUUCAAUCACCCAAAUGUCAUCCGGCUUCAAGGAGUGUGUAUAGAAAUGAGCUCUCAAGGCAUCCCGAAGCCCAUGGUGAUUUUACCCUUCAUGAAAUAUGGAGACCUUCAUACCUUCCUGCUCUAUUCCAGGAUAGAAACAGGACCAAAGUACAUCCCCCUGCAGACACUGCUGAAGUUCAUGGUGGACAUUGCCCAGGGAAUGGAAUAUCUGAGCAACAAGAAUUUUCUUCACCGGGAUUUAGCAGCUCGAAACUGCAUGUUGCGGGAUGACAUGACUGUCUGCGUGGCAGACUUCGGCCUCUCUAAGAAGAUUUACAGUGGUGAUUAUUACCGCCAAGGCCGCAUUGCCAAAAUGCCCGUGAAGUGGAUCGCCAUAGAGAGCCUGGCAGAUCGGGUCUACACCAGCAAGAGUGACGUGUGGGCUUUCGGCGUGACCAUGUGGGAAAUAGCGACACGGGGAAUGACUCCCUAUCCUGGAGUGCAGAACCACGAGAUGUAUGAGUACCUUCUCCAUGGCCACAGGCUGAAGCAGCCCGAGGACUGCCUGGAUGAGCUGUAUGACAUCAUGUACUCCUGCUGGAGUGCGGAUCCCCUGGACCGACCCACCUUCUCAGUGUUGAGGCUGCAGCUGGAAAAGCUCUCGGAGAGUCUGCCCGAUGCUCAGGACAAAGACUCCAUCAUCUACAUCAAUACACAGUUGCUGGAGGGCAGCGAGGGCCUGGCGGAUGGGCCACCACUCUCCAGGCUAGACAUGAACAUCGAUCCUGACUCCAUCAUCGCCUCUUGCACUCCCGGCGCUGCCAUCAGUGUGGUCACGGCUGAAGUCCACGAGAACAACCUUCAUGAGGAAAGAUACAUCUUGAAUGGGGGCAAUGAGGACUGGGAAGGUGCGGCCUCCGCUCCUUCUGUAACAGCCACACCCGGAAAGGAUGGCGUUUUACCGGAGGACAAACCCACCAAAAAUGGCAUCUCCUGGUCUCACCGCAGUACGCUACCCUUGGGGAGCCCGUCAGCGGAUGAACUUUUGUUUGCAGACGACUCCUCAGAAGACUCUGAAGUCCUGAUGUGAGAGCCACGCAAACACUGCUUCGUGGGAUCCGGUUGCCUUCACUAAUGCUGUGACGAAACUUCAUGACCAACGCAACCUAUAAAAGAAAGUGCGUGAUUAGGGGUACAGUUUCGGAUGGUUAGAUUCCGUGACUGUAGAAGGAAGGCACGUGGCAGGAGCGACUGAGUGGCAAGCAGGAGACAGAGAGCACUCUGGGAAAUGGCUUCAGCCUUUUGAAACCUCAAAGCGGGCUCCCGGUGACAAACCUCCUUCAACAAGGCCAGACCUCCUCAUCCUUCCCGAACAGUCCCACCAACUGAAGACCAAGCAUUCAAAUGUCUGAGCUUACGGGGGCCGUUGUCCCUCAAGCCACCACGCUGGUUAUACCUGAUGUUCUGUUUUUUGUUUUCCUUGCCAAGCAAAGGCCUGACAGCACCAGGUAAAUGCUGUGGGGUCGGUUUUCACCGUGAAUACAUAAUAAGCAGGGUCUGGAGAGAUGGCUUUUUAUAGAGAUUUAGUCUCUAGGGUUGUCAGCAGCUAAAUCAGGUGGCUUACAACCACCUGUAGCUCCAGUUCCAGGGGAUCUGAUGCUCUCCUCUGGCCUCUCAGGGCACCUGCACACCGCCAUAUAAAUAAAGAUAAAUCCGAAGAUAAGUAAGCAGAGAGCGAGGCUGUGGGUGUGGCUCAGCGGCUGACUGUGUGUUUAACCGGGGGACUGCCCUGCCUUCCGCCCCAAGACCCCAAACAGUGCAAAAUGGAAACACAGAGGGGAAAUAGCAAAGUCCAUGGCUCAUAAGCCCUAGGACCUGAGUUUGAGCCCCAGAACCUACAUUACAAAAAAUUGGAUGUGGUGGCACACACGUGUAACCUCAGUGCUGGGGAAAUGGUCUCAGAUGGACUUCUGAGGCCCACUGGCCAGUCGGCCUAGGUGAGUUCCAGGCCAAGUGAGAUCCUGUCUCAAAGAAAAAGGGUGGACAGCACCGGAAGGAGUGGUACUUGUCGCUGUCCUCUGCACUACACACACACACACACACACACACACACACACACACACGAACAUGCACACACAAGAAAAAUAUAAAUAAAAUACGUAAUAUAUUUAUUUAAAGAGAGAAUAUAUAUGUAUAUGUGGAGAGAGACGAGGAUACUAUUUUUAAUAAAAAAUGACUUAUUUCACUGACCUCGAAGAUCUUAAAAUAUAUCCCUCAGUGUUAACAUUUGUAUAGAAUCAAUGUCGCUUUUUUUAAAGUUGUUUUCUUUUCCACAGUAUUAAGUAUAAAGGUGUUUAUGAAAUGAAAUGCUAGAUUUGGCUUUGCUAUUUAGCUUUAUGAGAAGGCUGGUAUGCCUCCAUGUGUUGUGCGUCUGAUAAAAAUGUUUUACUUGAUGCUCAAGGUUUUAUAACUGAUUGUCUGAUAUGAUGUCCUAAUAAAAUGCGAAUGAGGAAGGA